UCGUUCCCUCCUCCCCUCCUCUCCGCUUCCUCUCUUCCCUCUCUCUCUCCUGUCGUCAUUCUCCCCUCUCCACUCUACCUUUCCAUCUCUUGUGAAUCCUUUCUCCUCCCGACAAGAUGUCAGUUUCAGCGCUUCUCAAAAGCCGCGUGCGGCGACCUUCAAUGCUGAGCAAGCUCGCAAAGGCUGAGGAGCUCAUUGAUCUGUUCCCGAAUGGUGCUUACGUCGGCUGGUCCGGCUUCACUGGCGUCGGGUAUCCCAAAAAAGUCCCAACUGCAUUGGCAGAUCAUGUCGAGAAGAACAACCUUCAAGGACAGCUGAAAUAUGCUUUAUUUGUCGGUGCCUCAGCUGGCGCCGAGACGGAAAACCGAUGGGCCAACCUGAAUAUGAUUGAGCGGCGCAGUCCGCACCAAGUUGGCAAAGCCAUUGCCAGUGGCAUCAACAAUGAUCGGAUUCGGUUCUUUGACAAGCACCUUAGCAUGUUUCCGACCGAUUUAGUCUACGGCUGGUACACAAAAGACAAGCCAAACAACAAGCUAGAUGUGGUAAUUGUCGAGGCCACCGCAAUCACUGAAGAUGGCGGCAUUAUUCCUGGAGCGUCCGUGGGCGCAUCACCCGAACUGAUCCAAAUGGCCGACAAGAUUAUCAUUGAAGUCAACACGCAAAUGCCCUCCUUUGAAGGCCUUCACGACAUCACUUUGACCGACCUACCCCCUCGUCGCAAGCCAUACCUGAUCAUGGCGCCAGAGGACCGCAUCGGCACGCCUCAUAUCCCCGUGGACCCCGAGAAAGUCGUUGCCAUUGUGGAAUCCAAUUCACCAGAUCAGACACAGCCCGUGACACCCGAAGAUGAAGCGUCGAAAGCGAUUGCCUCCAACCUGAUUGAAUUCCUCCAACACGAGGUUGACCACGGACGUCUGCCGAAGAGCCUCCUUCCUAUCCAAUCCGGCAUCGGUAACAUUGCCAACGCCGUGGUUGGAGGACUUGCGCACGGCAAGCAGUUCCACAAUCUCAAAGUCUGGACCGAAGUGCUCCAGGAUUCGUUCCUCGACCUGUUCGACAGCGGUCACUUGGACUUUGCAACGGCAACCUCGAUCCGGUUGUCCCCCGACGGCUUCAAGCGAUUCUACGACAACUGGGAACGCUACGCAGGCAAGCUCUUGCUGCGCUCGCAGCAGGUCUCUAACAACCCCGAAAUCAUCAAGCGCCUUGGUGUCAUUGGCAUGAACACUCCCGUCGAGGUGGACAUGUAUGCCCACGCCAACAGCACCUGCGUCAUGGGCUCGCGGAUGCUGAACGGCAUUGGCGGUUCCGCAGAUUUCCUCCGUAGCUCGAAAUACAGCAUCAUGCAUACCCCCAGUGUGCGGCCGACUAAGACGGAUCCCACAGGCGUCAGCUGUAUCGUGCCCAUGUGCACUCAUGUAGACCAGACAGAGCACGACUUGGACGUCAUUGUGACUGAGCAGGGUCUCGCCGACGUCCGCGGCCUUUCGCCCCGCGAGCGCGCUCGUGUCAUUAUCAAGAAAUGCGCUCACCCCGACUACCAGCCCAUUCUGACCGACUAUCUCGACCGCGCCGAGCACUACUGUCUCAAGAAGGGAUGGGGCCACGAGCCGCAUCUCUUGUGGCAAUCUUUCAAGAUGCAUCAAAACCUGGAUCAAAAGGGAACCAUGAAGAUUGACAGCUGGGAGUAAACACGUUCUGUCCACAGUCCUUGAAAAAAGAUUUCUAUCUUUGAAAGCUUAAAAGGUUGUCGAAUAAACGUACCUUACCUUAUAUUUAGUCGCAUUUUUUUUUUC